AUGAAGCUAGAGAACCUUGAGAAGGCCUACCAGAUGCGGCCUGAAGCUAGAGGUACCGUCAAGGUGUUGAUGGACACCAGGGGCCCUGAGAUCAGGACGGGGUACUUCAAGGUGUACAACUCCAAGAAGGUGUUGGAGGCUGGCCAGGAGUUCAAGUUGGUUACAGACUACAGUGUCAAGGGCGACGAGAAUCACGUCGCGAUCACCUAUAGCAGGUUGCCCAAGGACAUCACUCGACAUCAAGGUGGGCCAGCAGAUCUUGGUGCAGGACGGCACUGUCAUUCUCGACGUCACGUCGACGGGAGACGACUUCGUUAUGUGCAAG